AUGGCAGACCGCAUUGGACCCGACUACGGACCGCAGCGAAGCUUUGGAGAGAAGUGCAGACGUUUUGGAAAAGCCUUCACAACCAAAGAUGGAUUGAUUGGAACAUACGACUAUGCCUUUCUCUUCAAGCCCAAUCUUCCUUUCAUGAAGAAGACACGGCGUGCGGCACCCUUUUUCGGUCUUCAUGACCGCAUGUCCGUCCUCCUGGCUCUUCUCCUUGGAUUUCAACAUGCACUUGCCAUGCUGGCUGGUGUGAUUACGCCUCCCAUCAUCCUGGCCAAUGCUGCUCACUUGACCGGCAACCAGCAGCGCUACCUCGUUUCGACGUCGCUUAUCGUCUGUGGUAUCCUCUCUGCUAUCCAGAUCACCAGGUUCCACAUCUGGCGCACCCCCUACUAUGUGGGCACAGGCCUAAUUUCCGUCGUGGGAACCUCUUUUGCCACCAUUCCCGUCGCAACCGGCGCUCUCAGUCAGAUGUACGCCAAUGGCAUGUGUCCUUCCGACAGCGCGGGCAACCCACUUCCCUGCCCCAACGGCUACGGUGCUAUCCUCGGCACGGGUGCAUGCUGCGCACUCCUCGAAAUAGCAAUGUCCUUCACCUCCCCUCGGCUUCUGAAGAAGAUCUUUCCACCCCUCGUCACCGGUCCAACGGUCCUGCUCAUCGGUGUCAAGCUCAUCUUGACCGGCUUCCAGAACUGGGCCGGUGGAAGCAGUGGCUGCCAAGCCCUUCCAACAACCGGCAUCUACCGACUGUGUCCCACCAUCAACGCGCCCCGUCCUUUGCCCUGGGGUUCAGCGGAAUUUAUCGGUUUAGGCUUCAGCGUAUUCAUCACGAUUAUCAUCUGCGAGCGUUUCGGCGCGCCCAUCAUGAAAUCCACCGCCGUCGUCAUUGGAUUGCUCGUAGGCUGCAUCAUUGGCGGCGCCACAGGCUAUUUCGACAAGAGCGGCAUCGAUGCUGCGCCUGCUGUCAGCUUCAUCUGGGUCGAGACAUUCAAGCUGAGCGUGUAUGGGCCGAUAGUGCUGCCGCUGUUAGCUGUGUACAUGGUGCUUGCCAUGGAGGCCAUUGGCGAUAUCACAGCAACAUGCGACGUCAGCCGGCUACAGGUCGACGGCGAGCUAUUUGACAGCCGGAUCCAGGGCGGUGUGCUUGCAGACGGACUGAACGGCAUCGUAGCCGCGCUGUGCACCAUCACGCCCAUGUCGACGUUUGCGCAGAACAACGGCGUCAUCGCCCUCACGCGCUGCGCCAACCGCAAAGCAGGAUACGCAGCCUGCUUCUGGCUGGUCGUCAUGGGCGUCUUCGCCAAAUUCGCAGCCGCCCUCGUCGCCAUCCCCCCCGCCGUCCUCGGCGGCAUGACGACGUUCCUCUUCUCCGCCGUCGUCGUGUCCGGAAUCGCUAUCAUCGCGCGCACGCCCAUGACGCGCCGAAACCGCUUCAUCCUCACCGCAGGCUUCACCCUCGGCUUCGGCGCCACAAUGGUCCCCACCUGGUUCUCCUACGUCUUCACCUACAGCGGCCCCAACCGCGCACUAGCCGGCUUCUACGACGCCAUCGAGCUCGUCCUCGAAACGGGCUUCGCCGUCGUCGCCUUCACGACGCUGAUCCUCAACCUCAUCCUGCCCGAGGAGGAGAUCGAGGACGAGCUGCCAGAGCUCAUGGCCGAGGAGCGCCAUGGCGGCGUGGAGGCUGCGGCUGGGGCCGGGGCCGGGGCUGAUGCGGACGAGUGGGCGCGUGGCCAGAAGCUGGGGCAGGAACAGGUGGGAGGUAGUCGGGCGACUUCGGAUGUGCGGGGGAGCAAGGAAGUGUAG